GACCGAACUCACUGCACCAGACCCGGACUAGACCCAGUCCCAAACCAGCAGCCCUUGCACCUGGAGGGACCGCUGCCGAGUAAGAAAGAUAGACUUCCGCCUGCUCGUCUCGCCUUCACACUCGCCUUCUCAUAAUAGCCCGCAACUUGCCCGUCUCUUUUCUGUUUUCCGCUCCCUUUCGAUCCUCACUUUCACUCUCACUCUUACUCUCACUCACUCUCACUCUCACUCUCACAAGCCCCGACUUAUCUCAACAUCCGCCCGUCCAGGUCUGGUACUCAAGGCAGAGAUUUCCCCCAACUCUACACCCAUCCCCAGCAGUGGCUGCAUGUGAUAUCGUCACCAAGUACUUUGCCGCCAACACCACCACCGCCACCACCACCACCACUACCACUACUCACGAGUCGCGACCUAGCUUCCGCUCGGCACUAAGUCCCUUUGCCUCGCAUAUAUACCACAUCCCCCGCAAGACGUGGCCGCGAGGGAGCGACACCAUCGUAAAUCACUACCCUCAACCUACCUCUCAUCACCACAACCAUGGCUUCAACCACCACCACAGCAACAACACCCAUGCCCAACAUCGGCGGUCUGCUGGCCCCGUUGUUGCCCGCCUUGGUGCCGGCGAGCGUGUCUGCCCAGCCCGCCAUCGGCGUCCUGCCCCUCCUCAGCCCCAUCAUGAGGCAACGAGUCCAACUGCUUUCGGAGGCCAGCACAGAGCCCUGGCUCCGUCUGCUCGCGUACGACACAAACAAGGCCGCGCGCCUGUCCGAAGUCGUUCAGAGCGGCAGGCUAGAACCGCAUCCUGUUUCGGGAGAAGUUGAGGUCGACUGGGAGUACGAUGCCAAGACAAGGUACAGGCGGCUCGAUCUUGAGACCCUGCAGGCCUUCGUUGCCCUCGAGGAGCUCGAGUUGACUUUCCAACUGAUCUACUGUGUCGGCGACAAGGACGGCGGCGGCGAUGGCUGGAGGAUCGGCGAGGUCAGCGUUACCGACAAGGCGGCACCCUUUGGGACAUUCGGCGGCUACUCGACCAUUGCCGAGGCCGAGAAGGCCUACGCCGACGAGAAGUCCAAGGCAAGCGCUGCUGCAAAGGCUCCAGCCACCACAGCGCACAGCCAUGUCCCCGAGGCUGAGGACGACGAGGACGAUGGGUACUGGGACAGGUACGACGCAACUCCUGCGCGUACGCCAGCAAACGAUCCUCCCGCCGUCAAGCGCUCUCCUGCUCCUCACGUACCCCAGCCAUCACAGCUUGGCCAGUUCCGAACCGAUUCGGCCGAGGACGCGUACUAUGCACAGUAUGAUUCAGUACAGCCGGCCAUGGACGGCCACGACCCCGAUGAGGAAGUCGAGGGCUUCGAUCCCGCUCCUCCGCUGGGAUUGGGCACCGUCAUCAGCCACGACAACUCGGAGGGAGGACUCAACGAGACGAACGGCUCCUGGACGUUGGCCGAGCCGCCGCGGUCGCCCUCGAUUCACAGCCAGCAGGACGAGGACAGGGCCGCCGUGCUCCUUCACCCGCGUCCGGCUUCGAGCGCGAGCAGCAACGGCAGCCGCUUGGUCGAGAAGCUUGAGGAGACCGUGGGCAAACAGGACCAAAACGAGUUCGGCGUCAAGCAGCACGUAUCAAGGAGCAUUCGCAGCCUUUUCCUUUUGUCGCGCUCAUCUGGUAUCGACAGGGAAGAAUUUGAACGCUUGGUGAAGACCGAAUUGGACGUACUCGGUAUGAUUGAAGACGACGAGGUUUGAGCGAUUGCCGAGGCCGGGUGGUUUCUUCCUUGUAUAUAAAGAUUUUCAUGUGCUUGGAGGUGUUCCGUGGGGAUAUCCGCAGAGGCAAGCUGUCACUCUGCAUAGGUCCGGGGGUGCAUGUACAACGGCGUUAUGUCUUGCCAUAUCUCAACAACGAGGAAACAUGAAUCAUACAAGAAGAGAAGUCCUUGGAGGUGAUGUGCCUGGUGAAAAAAAAUAUUGAAAGCGAUU